AUGGCACAAAGCCUCGACUUGGGUCGAUCCACUCUGCGAAUCCGAGAUUCAAAGUCGCAGCUUCGCUUGGCCGCAUCGGCUCAUUUCACCCAACACACAAGCCAUGGAACCCCCCAAAUACCAAUCGACCUCUUGCAAAUGCCAAAUCUUGAAAGUGUAUGGAUAACGGAGGCACCAGAGCUUGAGUUGCGCUUCUUUAUUGGGGGAAAUUGGGAUCGAAACGAAGCAGUGACAUUCGUCUCAAAGUUGAGAGGCACAAUCUGUGAUAUGGAGAUCUGGUCGGAUCUGGGGUUCUCAGUUGAGCUCAAGACGGGUGCACGCGAAUAUUGCAUCGACACAUCUGGUUUCCACUGCCUCAAAAUUGGUUUGCGCAGAGGGUAUCGAAUACGGAACCACACAACGGGUCGAACUUUGCCCAGUUCGAUGACCAAUCCCCCAGAUGCGUGUCCUCCCCCCGGCGUACCGGUAGCUAGCUUAGCUUCAAUUGAUGUUUGGCUGGAGUAUCGAUUUCAAGCCAAGGAUAAAUCACAAGCUCAGAACUGUUCUAAGUUGGAGGUUAGUCUUCUUGGACAAGAACCAUCGGUUGUCGCCAGUCCUCAAGUGGUAGAGAGGAUGGCAGAAGCCGUAAUCCUACAGCCAAUGCAUGACGAGGGUUCCUCUGAAGAUCUUGGAUCCCAGACUGCUUGCAUAUCUGGAGAUGGAUCAGACCCAUCAUGCGAGGGACUCUUCCGACUGUUCGAUCUUGGAAUCCAAAGACUGAUCCUUUCCAACUCGAUCAAAGAUCCCACAAUUUGUGUCUCACAACAUGCCACGACCAGGAGCUUCGCAGAUAUCUUUCCCGCGGUGUUCGAUCCUGGGUAUCGGGAUGCGAUCAACCAGCGAGGAGUGACAAUCCCAGUAAUCACGAAAGCCAUAUCGUCCAUGUUGGCAGGAAACAAAGAUCCAUCGACCCAAGCUAAAUUGGCAGAUUUGUUAGAGCUCCCUCGCUCCCACCACACGGAUGACUUGACGAUACAGCCUCAAAUUCCAAGUUUCAGGACUGCAGUCCUCUCAUCACUUUGGCAUGUCGCCCAGAAAAAUGUGCCCAAGAUAAAACCCAUCAAAAGACGAGCGUCGAUGCUCUCUACAGAGUGUCCAUCAAACGGACUGGUUGGACCAAACGAGCCCGUGCCUCGCAUGUCCAUGGUCCAGCAACAAUCCGAAAACGGAAAUCCGGGACUGGGUUAUUCUUUCCAAACACAAUAUCACGACGAGAGUGAAGAAAGUGACGUAUGUCUGUUGAAUAGCGAAUCCGAGGACCAGCUUUUGGACAAUUUCAGUGAAACGAGCUUCACAGACAUUGGGGAAUCGACUCAAACAUCUCUUGAUACAUUGUUCUCAGCAAUUGGGUCUUCUCAGAUUUCAUACGUUGAUCAUGAUACUAUGCUUCUCUCGGAUCAUGGCGAAUUGACGGAUUAUCCGGGAAACUAUAUGACAGAUUAUGAUCCUCGAGAAGAUAUGGGGGCAUGCGAUAUGGACAUUAUAAUGGCCGAUGACCUUUAG